AUGACGGACUAUUCCCAACUCAAGGUCCCUGAGCUUAAGAAGCUCCUCCAAGAGAAAUCCUUGCCUAUCUCUGGCAACAAGGCAGAUUUGAUCGCCAGGUUACAAGAAUCCGAGAAAGCGCCCGCUGCUGAAGCUACAGCAACAACAGGAGAAGAUGAAAUCGAUUGGGACGAAGACGACGAAAAGAAGCCAGCACCUGCAGAAGCCGCGAUAGCUGCAGCUGGAGGAAAAGAAGAGAUCCCCAACCCUACAAAAGUUCCAAAUCAAGAACCUGCGAUCGAUCUUGCCAAAACCACAGAUUUGAAGGUUACCGGAGGCGAAGGUGUUCCAACAGCUGAAGAUGGUGCAAUUGCAGCCUCGGGUCCCACCACAACUGAAGUCGCACCUGUACCAGAAGCACCCAAACAAGAUUUCAGCGCCGGUAUUGAGAAGUCUGAUGCACAGAAGGAGGCAGAGAAACGUGCUGCAAGAGCCAAGAGAUUCGGCAUCACAGAGGACGAUGAGGCGGCGAAAUUAGCAGAACGUGCGAAGAAAUUCGGAUUGGAUAACAGUAAAAUUGUGGAGGGAUUGGAUAGCGCAUUACCGGAAAGAAGACCAAAGAGAGCUCGGGAAGAUGGUAGACAAGGAGGAAGAAAUUCAAAGAGACCAACACCAGACUCCAGGAGAUCACAACAGGGCCCAAGAAAUGCGCAGAAGUCCGGUCCAAAACCGCCUGCAGCAGGUCGUGUCACCGAUAACCCGGCUGAGAAGGCAAAGGCGGAAGCUAGAGCAAAGAGAUUUGCAACUGCUGAAUAA